AUGACUCUUGAUGGGAACAAGGACGAGGCAGAGAAAUGCAUAGCAAUUGCUCAAAAUGCAUUAACGGGAGGUAACUUUGAGAAAGCCGAGAAGUUUUUGUUGAAAGCUGAACGUUUAUACCCUACUCCGCUCGCUAAAGAUCUUUUAGCUCGCGUUAGGGCCGCUGGGCCUUCGACAGGAGCUCCGAAACGGACUCCACCUUCGAGCCCAAGUACUGAAGAAGUUAGGAGGCGAAAAACUCCUGCUCACCAACCUCCGCAGAGGGAAUAUACUCCAGAACAGCAAGAAGCAGUGCGUCGUGUCAACAAAUGUAAAGAUUUCUACGAGAUCUUGGGUGUGUCCAAGGAGGCGACGGACUCUGACAUAAAGAAAGCCUACAAGAAGUUGGCACUGCAGCUCCAUCCCGACAAGAAUCACGCUCCAGGAGCUGCUGAAGCAUUCAAGGCAAUAGGCAACGCGGCCGCCAUAUUGACAGACGCAGAGAAACGCAAGCAAUAUGACCUGCGCGGCGAGGAGGCUGCGCACGCGCCGCAGACACACCACCAGUACUACGCGCGCGGGUUCGAAUCCGAUCUCACAGCUGAGGAACUGUUUAACAUGUUCUUCGGGGCGACAGGUAUGGCGGCGUUCCCGGGCGGUGGUCCGACAGUAUACACGCGGCGCCGCGGCCGGCAGCCCGAGACGCGCGAGGCCCACGCCGGCCUGGUGCAGCUGCUGCCCGUGCUGGUGCUGGUGCUGCUCAGCAUGAUGUCAGGGUACUUCAUCAGCGAGCCGGUCUACAGCCUCGCGCCCAGCUCCAAGUAUCCAGUGCCUAGGGAGACUGUUAAUCAGAAGGUACCAUACUACGUUAAAGAAAACUUCCACACUGACUACCAGGGCUCACUGCGGCGACUCGAGCUGGCUAUAGAAGAAGAAUAUAUAGUGGGACUUCGCCACGCUUGUCAGAGAGAGAGAAACUAUAGAGACAGCAUGGUGUGGAAGGCGAGGAACUUCGGGGACUCCAGGCAGUACGCAGACGCACAGAAACUGCGCACGCCGUCCUGUGAGAAACUACAGAAGUUCCACCGAUAA